GUUACGAGAUGACAGAAUUAGGAUAGAAAGGAUGGAAAAACUCCAUUUUGAAUACAGCCAUGCUUUCCAGCUGAUUACUGAUUUUUAUGCAAAAGAAGUGCCUGAUAUUGCAGGUCCUCAAAAACUAUCUGUAAUACUAAGCUUGGAUAAGCCUGUUAUUUGCUCUCUGGCAGCAGUAAUUGCAUACCUCAAAGAAUUUAAUUUGGAAAAAAUGCUUUACAAUCCAAGCAAUUUCAAACGGUUGUCAAGUGAAACUGAGUACAUGACAAUUAAUGGGACAACAAUGAAAAAUCUCGAAAUUUUACAGAAUCAGACUGAUAUGAAAACAAAAGGAAGCCUGCUCUGGGUCUUGGAUCAUACUAAAACUUCCUUUGGACGUCGGAGAUUGAAGAAAUGGGUAACCCAGCCCCUCAUGAAGUCCAGUGAAGUAAAUGCCCGGCUUGAUGCUGUCUCUGAAAUUCUACUGUCAGAAUCCAGUGUGUUUGGUCAGAUUCGAAAUCUUCUUUGUAAGCUGCCAGAUAUAGAGAGAGGCCUCUGCAGUGUUUUUCACAAAAAGUGCUCAACCCAAGAGUUUUUCUUGAUAGUCAGCACCCUGUCUCGUCUGGACUUGGAAAUUCAAUCUCUUGUUCCAGUCAUACAUUCUCAUGUGAAAACUCCUCUAUUACAAAAUGCACUGUUGGAAAUCCCAGAACUUCUCUCCCCAGUAAAACGUUAUUUAAAGAUCCUUAAUGAAGAAGCAGCCAAGACUGGAGAUAAAACCCAAUUGUUCAAGGACCUUACAGACUUCCCUGUCAUCAGAAAAAAAAAGGAGGAGAUCCUGGAUGUGCUUUCUAAAAUCCAAUUGCAUCUGCUGGACAUUCGUAAACAGAUUAAGAAUCCUUCUGCAGAGUAUGUUACAGUUUCUGGUCAAGAGUUUAUGAUAGAAGUCAAGAAUUCCCAUAAAUCAUUUGUGCCAUCUGACUGGGUUAUGGUUAGUAGCACGAAAGCUGUCAGCCGUUUCCACUCUCCUUUUAUUAUAGAAAAUUACAGACAUCUGAAUCAGCUCCGGGAGCAGCUAGUCCUUGACUGCAGUGCUGAAUGGCUAAAUUUUUUAGACCAUUUUAGUGAGCAUUAUCACCCUGUGUCUAAAGCGAUUGGUCACCUAGCAACUAUCGACUGUCUGUUCUCCUUGGCCCAGGUGGCUAAACAAGGAGACUACUGCAGACCAAUUGUGCAAGAUAAUCGGCGAGAAAUAAUUAUAAAAAAUGGGAGGCACCCUGUGAUUGAUGUACUACUGGGAGAACAGGAUCAGUAUGUUCCAAAUACCACUAACCUUUCAGGAGAUGGUGAAAGGGUCAUGAUAAUAACUGGACCCAACAUGGGAGGAAAGAGCUCCUACAUAAAGCAAGUUGCAUUGAUCACAGUCAUGGCACAGAUUGGUUCUUAUGUUCCCGCAGAGGAGUCGACAAUUGGUAUUGUGGAUGGUAUUUUUACCAGAAUGGGUGCAGCAGACAACAUUUACAAAGGCCAAAGUACCUUUAUGGAAGAACUGACAGAUACUGCUGAGAUAAUAAGAAAAGCAACUUCAAGAUCCCUAGUAAUUUUGGAUGAAUUGGGAAGAGGAACUAGUACACACGAUGGAAUCGCUAUUGCUUAUGCUACACUUGAACAUUUUAUUAGAGAUGUGGAGUCGCUGACACUGUUUGUCACUCACUAUCCCUCAGUUUGUGAGCUAGAGAAGGUGUAUCCGGAAAAAGUUGGUAAUUACCACAUGGCUUUCUUGGUGAAUGAGGAGGAAGGUGCUGAACAAAAAGGAUCUGAAGAUGAAGAGAAUCCUGAAUUUAUCACUUUUCUUUAUCAAAUAACUAAAGGAGUGUCUGCGAGGAGUUACGGGCUAAAUGUUGCCAAACUGGCAGAUAUUCCUGAAGAAAUCUUAAAGAAGGCAGCUCACAAAUCAAAGGAGUUGGAGAGAAUAGUGAAUAUGAAAAGAAAAAAGCUGAAAUCCUUUGCUGAAGUAUGGAAGAUAAAUGGUUCUCAGGAACUACAAAAAUGGAAAAGUAUGUGUGAACCUGAAGAUGAAAGAAAAGACAGUUUUUAA